AGCCGUGACGGGGACACUGCCAGAAAAAUCACGAGUACCGCUCCCAUGCAUCACGAAGUGACUCAUCUGGCUCUUGGCGGAAGUGAGUGAUCUCCCGCUGGAUCUCUGUGGUAUUCGAUGUCGGAUAGUACCUGUGUACGAACUUGUUGGCCAGAUCGUCCCAAGAAGUAAUGGACAAUGGGGGCUGGGUCUCCAACCACCUCUGCAUGCCCCGCCAGAGAAUGGGGGAAGAGGUGCAGGCAGAUCGCAUCAUCAGGUACACCAUUCAUCUUGAACCCGUUCGUCAGCUGCAGGAAACGGGAAAGAUGCACCCUUGCCUCUUCAUCCUUCAAGCCAUGAAACUGGAUAGAGGAUGUAAUGAGUUGAAUCCAGCAUGGCUUGAUCUCGAAGUUGUUCGCUGGGAUGGGUGGAUAGAGGAUGACAGGGCGGAUAUAGGCGACCCGUGGAGUGUAGUAAUACUCCAGGAUGGGGCCCGGCGGCGGUGGUGGUUGAGGCUGAACCCCAUCUACCUAGGGUAUGGGGUUGUUCCCCAACAUCUGAUUCACCAGGGGAACCUGGAGAGGUAUCCCCUGGGGCGGGUUAUGUUCUCCUUCCAUCUCGUACUCUUCCUCGGAAUCGCUGCUCAAAUGGCCGUCUAUGCGCUCCUCCAUAGCCAGUCUAGCUCGCUGUUGUCUCCUAAGUUGGCGACAGGUGCGUUCAAGCUCCAGAUCCAACGGCAGUAAACCGGCUACGGGUCAUGCACUACCUGCACACAGUCAAGCAGCAAACCCGUAAGGCACAAGUGUGACAAAGCAAACAAUGCUAAAAAGAAAAGCUAAAUUAACAGAAACCACGUUUCUUCAACAACCUAGUCGUCCCCAGCAACGACGCCAAAAACUUGACUCGCUACUACCGUCACUCUAGAAAAUGGCCAAGUGUAACCACCUCCUAAAGCGUAGUUUAGCGGGUUUGGGUUUUAAUGUCAACCUGGGUCGUAGAUGUGAUGACUACUCCGUGAGUUCUUAUUAUUUAGCAGUGAAACUUUAGAUGAAGGUACAAACAAGCAAAUAAGCAAAGCAAGUAAAAACGUUGUUUUCAAGUCGAAAGAGGUCACCCGGAUAUGGUUCCCCCUAGACUGCAGUUAAGCCGAAUUGUAAUUUACCAAGUUCAAUUUUAAUGAUAGUUAUACUGCGGGAGGUUCUUAAAUAGUCUGCACUCUCAACUGAAGGUCUCCAGACCCUCUCAAUCUGAGUCUCCAGCGGGCGACUAAUCUCCACCGGAGUAAACAGAUUGAGGCCCUAACGAACCAAACCUCCACUACCGAAGUGAAUUCGGUACAUAAUAGUUAAUUGACUUCUCGACUAAAGUCUCCAAUUCACUACCUUCAAUCAAGGGUGCUCUAUCAACCUAGGCAUAUAUUCUCUUUCUAGGUUAAACCAGAAACAACAGGAAUUUGAUCAGGAUUCAUGCCAUUCAACAAAUCAAACCACAAUUGAACAUAAUCAUACCACCGAAUCUGUACUUGGGUUCAUACAAUCAGACCUAACAUAAAAAUCUAGGGUUCUUCAUACCCAGGUGAAUAAGAAAGUUACUCCAUAGAGAGAGAUGGGAAAUCUAGCUCAGAUUCGGAAACCAUACUGUGAAGGAUGAGAAUCUGCUUCUGGCACUCAAUCAGCUCUUCUCCAAACUCAAGCCGUGCUCCAAUGGUGAUACAGAUCGAUCAAGGACACUUGCAGAAUCAGGUUCGUCACUUUCUCUCUAGGUAUCGCUUUUUCUCGCUAAAACUCGGAACCCUUUCUCUUUUGCCCUUCUUUUCCCUUAAGAGGCUGUCAGUCGUGAUCCUCGGCCUGAAUACCCAUGUCGGGUAUUUUAGGCGGCGACCGGUAUUAUCAAAACGCACCAUCGGGGAACAGGGGAAAAUCCCCGGUCAAGGCCAAGAAUACCCGACCGGGUAUUUCUGCUCAUUCCCCGAGCCCCCUUCUGCUUCUCAGACGCCCGAAACAUAAAUUCCCCGGUCUGCUCCUAGUAAUACCCGGCCGUGUAUUUUUGCUCAUGGCCAGGUAUUUUGCUUCUCCAGCACACUUCAACCCAAACGUGCUCCUUUCAACCCGAACCUCGUUUCUUCGCCUCGAUGCCCACGCUAAGCCCUGAAAUAUGACAUAAACGCACAACCUAGAGUGAAAUCGGCUUAAAACACGAGAAUCAACAUCUCGAACGACUCAAGAAUAUGGGUUAAAACAUGUGCAAUCAAUGGUCUAUCACAUACUAUAGUACGUGUGUUCUUUCAUUAGCUGCUAUUAAUGGUUGGUUCUUGCACCAAUUAGAUGUUAAUACAGCUUUUCUUCAUGGAGAUUUAGGUGAAGAAGUAUACAUGAAAAUCCCACCAGGUUUGGUUGUUCCUUCUCAUUUUAAAAAUCAUGUUUGUCGUCUUAAUAAAUCUCUUUAUGGUUUAAAACAGGCUAGUCGUCAAUGGAAUAUCAAAUUAACCUCCUUUCUUACUUCUACUGGUUACAAACAAUCCAAAGCAGAUUAUUCUCUGUUUGUUAGAAGUGUAGAUUCUUCAUUCACUGUUGCAUUAGUGUAUGUCGAUGACAUUAUUUUAGGUGGAAAUGACUUGAAUGCUAUUUCUGAUAUUAAACUCAAACUUGAUCAGAAUUUUACUAUUAAGGACUUAGGUGAAUUAAAGUACUUCCUUGGUAUUGAGAUUGCUAGAUCUUCUAAAGGUAUUAUGCUGUGUCAACGGAAAUUUGCAUUGGAUCUCUUAACAGACACUGUUUUUUUAGUGCAGAACAGGCUGAUUCACCUACUGUUCCUGGUCCUAAGUUGUCUGCCAAAUCGGGUAAUCUCCUUCCUGGUCCUUCUUCUUACAAGAGAUUAAUAGGUCGACUUUUAUACCUAUGUAAUACACGUCCAGACCUUGCAUAUGCAGUACAUCAGUUAAGUCAGUUCACAAUUCUCCUACUUAUGUACAUAUGCAAGCAGCAGAACGUAUUCUUCGUUACUUAAAGGGAACUGUUGGUCAAGGAUUACUUUUCUCUAGUGAUUCUAAAGUGUUUUUGCAAGCUUUUUGCGAUAGUGACUGGGCUGGUUGCCCAGACACUCGUAGAUCAACAACUGUAUUCUGCGUUUUGCUUGGUAAUUCACUUAUUGGUUGGCGUUCAAAAAAGCAAAAGACUGUUUCUCGUUCUUCUCCAGAAGCCGAGUAUAGAUCUAUGGCUAGUCUAACUUGUGAAUUGAUAUGCUUGCGAUAUAUUCUUCAUGAUUUGCAUGUUGAUUUAUCAGCUGCCACUCCUGUUUUCUGUGACAGUAUGUCUGCUAUUAAAUUGGCGGACAACCCUAUUAAUCAUGAACGUACUAAGCACAUAGAAAUAGACUGUCACGUCAUUAGAGAUCAAAUAUUGAAUGGUGUUAUUAAGGAUCUACAUGUUUCUUCAGCCAAUCAAUUGGCAGAUAUGUUCACCAAAUCCCUUCCAGUUGCUGUGUUUCAGUUUUUGCAGAAUAAACUGGGACGUUUGGACAUAUACGCGCCAGCUUGCGGGGGGGAGUUGUCCGAGGAAGAUAAAUCCGAGGACUGAUUUGUAAUGAAUGUAAAGUUAUAGG